CGCCUCUCCAGUUAAGGCCGCUGGUGUGAGCCCCAGCUCGGCGCGAGCGAGGGACGUGGGAAGGGGCAAGCAGGUGUGGGCGCGGGGCCGCGCAGCCCGACGGCGGGAGUCCCAGGCGCUCGGUUCAUGGGCCAGUGAGGACACGCGGAGAUCCCCGCCCCGCGGCGGAGGCGGAGCAGCGCGGGAGCAAGGCGCUGCCUGGCGACCCUGCGUCCGAGCGAGCGGAACCUUGCGCUUCGCCCGGGGACGGUCCGAAGUCCGCGCUAUGGAAGAGGAGAAAUAUUUGCCUGAGCUGAUGGCAGAGAAAGAUAGCCUGGAUCCAUCUUUUGUGCAUGCAUCGCGCCUUUUGGCAGAAGAAAUUGAAAAAUUCCAAGGUUCUGAUGGAAAAAAGGAAGAUGAAGAGAAGAAAUAUCUUGACGUCAUCAGCAACAAAAACAUAAAACUCUCAGAAAGGGUAUUGAUCCCUGUCAAACAAUAUCCAAAGUUCAAUUUUGUUGGGAAAUUGCUUGGACCAAGAGGAAACUCCUUGAAGAGGCUACAGGAAGAAACAGGUGCUAAAAUGUCUAUCCUGGGCAAAGGAUCAAUGAGAGAUAAAGCAAAGGAAGAAGAACUAAGGAAGAGUGGGGAAGCCAAAUAUGCCCACUUGAGUGAUGAACUUCAUGUAUUAAUUGAAGUGUUUGCUCCACCUGGGGAAGCUUAUUCACGUAUGAGUCACGCAUUAGAAGAGAUUAAAAAAUUCCUCGUUCCUGACUACAAUGAUGAAAUUCGUCAGGAACAACUACGUGAGUUAUCUUAUUUGAAUGGUUCAGAGGACUCUGGUCGUGGCAGAGGCAUUCGAGGUAGAGGGAUCAGAAUAGCUCCCACAGCUCCUUCGAGGGGCCGUGGGGGUGCAAUUCCUCCUCCACCACCUCCUGGAAGAGGUGUCCUCACCCCUCGGGGGACUACAGUGACCAGGGGAGCUCUUCCAGUGCCACCUGUAGCAAGAGGAGUUCCUACCCCAAGAGCAAGAGGGGCGCCAACAUUGCCAGGAUACAGAGCCCCUCCUCCUCCAGCCCAUGAGGCUUAUGAGGAAUAUGGGUAUGAUGACGGUUAUGGAGGUGAAUAUGAUGAUCAGACUUAUGAGGCUUAUGAUAACAGCUAUGCGACCCAAACGCAGAGCGUGCCUGAAUACUAUGACUACGGUCAUGGAGUAAGUGAGGAUGCCUAUGACAGCUAUGCACCAGAAGAAUGGACCACAACCCGCUCCAGCCUGAAGGCACCCCCACCAAGGUCAGCCAGAGGGGGAUACAGGGAACAUCCCUAUGGUAGAUAUUGAAGGUCUUCCUCACCUGUGAUCUCACCUCAAAGACAAUUCAUAGCCUGUGGUCUCCACAUAAACAGCAACAAGACAAGUAAUAGUCCUUUUUUUUUUUUUCUAUUCUAGGGAUAACUGCUCAUGAUUAUUCUUGUAUUUCCCUCCUAUGCUGUUGGUGUGACAUUAUUAACACUAGUAUUAUUUUGCAAAACGGACUUUAAAAAGACAUUGGCAGACAUUGUCUAUUCCAUUCAGUAGGAUGAUACUCUCUUGGUUGUUUUCAUUGUUGUGUGUAUUUUUUUAAUUAUUAUUUAAAUGAAAAAAAGAAAAGCAUGAAUCUGUUCAAAAUCUUUGAGUCUCAACCAACUAGCAAAACUUUUGUUUAGGGUUGCUAAAAGACUGUAAUAUGAUUUUUGAACUAGCUGAUAAUAAAGUUGUAGAUAAGAUGUUUUAAUCUGUCUUUUAAUAUCUGUUAGUUAGAUCAAGAUGUUCAAUAUUAAGUUUGUAAAUUUAAUUUUAAAUGCUGUUUUAAUGGGGUCGAAAAGAAGCAGCUACUGUAUGUAUGUAGCUAACUGAAUUUGUUCAGUGUUUUAACCUGUAUUUGUUAAAAAAGAACAAAAAACACACAUAAAGUUCCAUGUGUAAGCUUCUCUAAAUAGGAAACCACAAUUUGUCAAAUAUGUUUGCCAUAAUUUGUCAAUAAAGCUGAAAAUUUUUGUAAAACCUAAAUUUGGAAUUACUUGUUUUCUAGCUUUAAAUGCCUGCUUUAUUUCUUCUUCAAGAGAUGCCUAAAAUGUUUUCUAUUUAAAACUUACAAAAAUGAACCCAAGCCUGUUUUAAGAUAUUUGUGUAGUACUUUAAAAAAAUGUAUUAAUAACUUAUGGUUGUUAAAUAAUUUAAAAGUUAACAAACUAAACUGUUACAUGAAUCAUGGUUAGUAAACACUAAUGUAUAAUAUGUUAAUGGAAAAGAUGGAUUUAGAAUAAUAAAUGGAUUUUAAACUAU